GGAUGACUCAGAUUUUUAUGUUGUGAUGGCUUCCCAAUUCACUGUCUGUAAAUGAUUGCAGAAUAGGCCUAGAUAUUGGAGCUGCAUAUAUAAAAUCACCGGCUGAGUCCUCUGAAGCUGAACACACGAGGCACAGCAGCUUCUUCAGGUUUUGAUUUGACUUGGAUUCAACAAUGGCAAAGGAGCCAGUGGAUGGACAGUACAUGGUGGCGAGACCCCUGUUCUCUGAGGAUUCGUUUUCGGGACAGUAUAAGAAGGUCUACAGACCACACAAGGGUCUCCUAGACAAUGUUAAGGAUUGUUUUCAUUGUGAUUCUAAACGAGCAAAGAAUGCAGCUCUGUCCCUCCUGCCCAUCAUUGGAUGGAUAAAAACGUACCGAUUCAAAGAAUGGCUGUUGGGUGACAUAGUGGCUGGGGUCAGCACUGGACUCGUGUCUGUCCUGCAAGGACUUGCAUUCGCAUUGCUGGCUUCCAUUCCUCCAGGAUAUGGGCUAUACGCUGCCUUUUUCCCUGCCCUAAUGUACAUCUUUCUGGGUACAUCCAAACACAUCUCAGUAGGCCCUUUUCCUGUCCUGAGUCUGAUGGUUGGAGCUGUAGUAACCAAGCUGGUCCCUAGUGACGGCCCUCCAGCCAACAUCACUGGAUUUGAGGGACUGACCAUGGAUCAACAGAGAGUUAUAGUGGCCUCUUCUGUUACAUUUCUUAUGGGUAUUUUUCAGCUGGCGAUGGGGGUGCUGCGGGUGGGCUUUAUUGUCAUUUACCUGUCAGAUACUCUAGUAUCUGGGUUUACUACUGCGGCUGCAGUUCACAUUCUGGUGUCACAGCUGAAGUUUGUGCUUGGGUUGACUGUUCCUGGCUUCAGUGGACCUCUCAACAUGUUCUAUACUUUGGAAAGCAUUUUUCUUCAGAUCACCAGCACCAAUAUCGCAGAUUUGAUCACUUCCAUUGUGAUCAUGGCAGUAGUGUUCGUAGUGAAGGAGAUCAACGACAGAUAUAGGUCUAAACUACCUGUACCAAUUCCCAUAGAAAUCAUCAUAACUAUCAUAGUUUGUGGAGUAUCAUAUGGAGCUAACUUUGAGGAAAGAUUUAAUGUGACUGUGAUUGGAACAAUGGUGAAUGGAUAUGAGACUCCAUCAGCACCAAAUGUGGAGGUCAUGCAGCACGGAGCAGUGGACGCUUUUACUACAGCUAUAGUGGGCUUCGCUGUGGCUUUCUCUGUUGCUAAAGUCUACUCAGUCAAACAUGACUACGUGAUUGAUGGAAAUCAGGAACUGAUUGCUUUUGGUGCCAGUAACAUGUUCGGGGCAGCUUUUCAGUCGUUUGCAGCCAGCACUGCACUCUCCAGAACAGCUGUGCAGGAAAGCACUGGUGGAAAGACACAGAUAGCCGGUCUAGUGUCUGCAAUGAUCGCGCUGAUUGUCACCGUUGGAAUUGGGUUCCUACUUGAGCCGUUGCCCAGGUCUGUUCUGGGAGCUCUGGUGAUUGUGAAUCUGAAAGGAAUGCUGAUGCAGUUCAGAGAGAUUCCCUAUCUUUGGACGAGAGACAAGGCUGAUUUUGUGAUCUGGAUGGUGACCUGUGUGGCGAGUAUAAUUCUGGGGCUGGAUUUGGGGCUUGCUGUUGGUAUUGGUAUAGAACUCAUUGCAGUGGUCUUCAGGACGCAAUUUCCACGCUGCUCUAUCCUGGCCAACAUUAAAGGAACAGACAUCUACAGAGACCGCAAAGACUACCUCUGUAUUUAUGAACCGGAGGGAGUUAAAAUAUUCAAAAUCCCCUCCCCCAUCUUCUUUGCAAACAUUGAAUUCUUUAGAGAUAAACUAAUACAAGCUGUGGGAUUCAGUCCACUCAGAGUUUUGAGGAAGAGGAACAAGGCACUGAGGAAGAUCCGGAAAAUGCUGAAGAAUGGGGAUCUGCAGAUGACACCUAUGGGCCUCAAGACUGUGGAUUUUUCAAGUACUAAGAACUGGGACGAUGAGGGCAGUGCAGAAGACUUAGAUCAGCCAGUGGACUUCUCAGACCUUCCUGUGCAGGUUAACUGGAGAGCAGAACUUCCUGGCAGCAUCUCUGUUCCUCCAGUGGACAUCCACAGCCUUGUGCUGGACUUCUCCGCUGUCUCCUUCAUCGACAUAUCAGCACUCAAAGGGCUUAAAACGACUCUAAAGGAAUUCGUUCGAGUGGAUGUGGAGGUGUACAUUGUGGCAUGCGAUGUGUACGUCUUUGAGAAACUGCACAACUGCAUGUUCUUUGACGACGAGAUCAAGACCUCCAUGUUCUAUCCAACUAUCCAUGAUGCCAUGUUGCACAUUCUGGAGAAAAACCAAGGUCAUUCAAAAAUAAACGAGAACGAAAAGGAGGCAGAGUUUAAGUUGGUGAGUAGUGAUGGAUUAAACCUGCGGAGAACAGAAAAGAUAAUGAUUGCAAAUGAAUUUCCAAGCAAACUAUAAGUGCUAGACUUGAGCAUCUCCACUCACACUGCCAAACGUACAUCAUACCCGCUGGAAGGAUUCUACUUUUUCCGUCCUUCAUAAAGACUCAAAUUCCACAGCACUAUGUCAUAAUACACAGUAAACUGUGUUUAUUCAUCAUCAUACACUGUUUGUCCAAAUGUUUGUGGGAAUCCUUUCUAAUAAAUGCAUACAGCUACUUUAAUUAAUUAAAGGAGAACUCCGGUGUAAAAUGGACUUAGGGUAUACUAAAACGUGAUAAAAAAUACUUACCUUUGUUGAAUAACCCCUCUCCGCUCUCCCACAGCUUUCUGAGAUUCAGUAUUUUGUACACUUUGCCCAAACAGGCUUUAGAAUGAGUGAGACGAGACAUAUUUUUCCCUUUUCCGCAGUUAUCCAGGCUCAAAGCAGCUUCAUAUUCCAUUGGUAGAAUCCAGAAACAUUUAAAACAAGGCAUUUUUGAACUUUAAAACUGCACAAGAAGUUUAUAAAAAGCCACUGUUUACAUCCCACAGCGUAGGUAAAUCUCUGAGUGCUGCCAUCUUAAAUUUAGGUCACUAUUUACUAAUUUAGGUUCUUUGUAUUCUGACAUUGACAGUAACCAGAUAUUUUCAGCAACAGCUGGAAUUCAUGCAUUUUCAAGAAAUUAAUUCAUUUAUUCUUGACAGUUUUACCUUCGCUAUAAAGUUCUCGUUUAGUUUCUAGUUAAGUUUUCAUUUAUUCUAAAGCUUGUUUGGGCAAAGUGCACACAAUACUGGCUCUCAGAAAGCUGCACAAGAGCAGAGGUGGGCUAUUCAACAAAGGUAAGUACUUUUUUUAUCACGUUUUAAUACACCCAAAGUCCAUUUCACAAUGGAGCUCUCCAUUAAGUUGCACUUACACACUCAAAACAUGUCUCGUCCCAGAGGAGAAGCAUUCCCAGUACAUGAGGACCCUCUGGAGCAGAUCUUUGAUUUCCACACAUUUUGUUUUAAAUAUUGAAUAAUCAGGUGUCCCCAUACUUUUGGUCAUAUAGUGUAUAUAUGGAACAUAGAAAAGGCAGCUGCAGCAUUUAAAAAGUGUAAAAAGUUACAUGUUUUCUUAUAACAGUUUUUCAUUAUUAUUCAAGUAUGAUCUGUAUGGAACAAAAGACUUUCUGUAAAUACUCAAACUAAAUAUGUUAGGGUCUUAAAACACUUUCACAACUUUUAGACGUUAUGACUGUAUGCACUCUUUCACUUCAAAGCACAUCUGUGAAGGUCAGCUCAACUAAACCUGUUUUCAUGUUAUGCUUCUAAUACUCUCUAUGUGUUUUAUCUUAUUAAAGUGCAAUAUGUAUUCAAAUGUUUAUUUAUAAUAAAACGUUUAAAAGUGAAAAGUGCA